AUGGAAGAAUUGAACUUUGAUGUUAAUGCUCUUGCGAUCAAGGUGGUUGUGGAAAAAUAUUCUUAUGGUCAACUAUAUCAUGCUCAAUUAGGUCUAAAGGAGGGAAGUCCUCUUGCAAAGUUAAUAACUAAGGCCAAAUUAAUCAUAUGGGAUGAAGCUCUAAUGAUAAGUAGUUUAGCUGGUGAUACAACAGAUGGUGAAUCGAUCGUUCAUAUACCAUAUAACAUUUUGGUUAAGAACUCUGAGACAGCUUUGGAUGACCUCAUUGAUUUUGUAUAUCCAGAUAUGUUAUCCAAUUUAUCUGUUGAAAAUUAUUUCAAUGAUAGAGCAAUUCGUGCACCAACUCUGGAUUGUGUCACUGACGUCAAUAACAAGAUGACUGCAAGGUUACUUGGACAAGAAAGAGUUUACUUAAAUUUUGACUCUGUGUGUGCUGAGGAGGAAAAUAUGGAAUUUGACUUAGAUGCUUUUUCACCAGAGAUUCUAAAUGGAAUAAAUUGUUUAGGUGUACCACCACACAAGUUGAUCGUGAAGGUUGGCGCUCUUGUUAUGUUGUUGGGGAAUAUAGACCAAACUAAUGGUUUGUGCAAUGAAACGAGAAUGCAAGUUAAAAGAAUGGGAAACCAUGUGAUAAAAUGCAAGACUUUUAACUGGUAA